CCGUAUUAAACACGCGAUCUCUCGCUAGCAAUAUUCAACAGUCUAGUUUCACCUCGCAUACGAAGACAAGGCCCGUGUCCUUAGCCAUUUUACCGGCCUUCCUCAGGUAUUUUCGUGUUACCAGAACGAACCGCGUGGAAGAACCAGGAUAUUGGAUACAUACAUACUAUAAAACUCCUGCGAAUAUCCGAUUUUUAACCAAGGCCUAGAGAUCCGUGCUUUUUACAAAUUUCUUCUCUAGUCCGCCUUCUCUAUACUCGCCCCUACAGUCCAGCGAUAUUCGCAUCCUAGACAUUAUUUAACAGUUCAUUCGAUAUCAUGGAUCCCUCCCUCAAACGCGCCGUUCCUAACGACGAUGAGAAUCAUCAAGAGCCUGAGGCUAAGCGACAACGAACUAUCGAGCCCGACUCCCGCUCUGUUACACCAGCCGAGGUCGACCUAUCAGAGAGACCGAUUUACAAUGUAGUAAGACGUCCGAAUGCCGAAGACUUUGGCAGAGAUGGGCUACGACGUUCUAUCGGUGUGGCGCUGAAGCACGUGGGCUUCGACGCUGCUACUCCUGAUGCUCUGGAGGGGUUUACGGAGACAGUUGACACGUAUAUCACUGGCUUCAUCGAGCACCUUCGUCGUACCGCCAAUGCGGCAAGAAGAAACGAUCCUAUACCCGAAGAUUUCGAGCUCAUCCUUCGUCGUCACGAUGUUGACCUAUCGUCUCUAAAGCUACAUCUUAAGAAUCCUGUACCGAAAGAGUACGUUGCGCCAUCGUUCUUCGACCCCGUAACGGAAGACGUCCAAUACCUUCAGAAGCCGCGGCCAUUCCUAGGUGAAGAGUUGUCUGGAGAGAAAGAAAAAGAAGCCCGACCGUGGAUACCCAAGAAUUUCCCUGCGUUUCCUAGCGCGCAUACCUACCGAUUCACCCCCGCGGAGCAAGAAUCCGAUGUCGAAAAGGAGCAAUUGCAGGCAGAAGCAGAUGCGAAGAAGGGCGAGGCAGCGCUGAGGCGAAUCAGCCGGGCUGCUAGGAUUAGUCGACAGAAGGAGCUCAGAAGCGUCGCGCAGCGCGAUCCGCUAAGCCGCAAACGACACCAGAAUUGGGAGGCCAUGAUGUCCGAGUUGCUACCCAAGGCCGGCCCGGCGACGAGUAGUGCGCCGGAUAUUGCCGACCAUAGCUCGAUUGUUAAUUUCGGUACGAAGUAUGGACGGAAGGGGAUACCUAAAAACAGCCGACGGCCACAGGCUGACCCCUUCAAUGGCAUGAUUUGACGACUACAUAUCGACUAGUUGAUCUCCGAUGAAGGACACCACUACUUAAUAUUAAUAGGUCAUGAUGCGUGAUCUUGGUGCGAGGUAAUCUCACGCACUGCUUUUACGGCUAUGGAGAUGAGUUCUAUUGAGCCCUCUUGAUCGUAUACAGCGGUUUUCUAUUACUUCAGGAUCUGGUCGAUGUUAGUUCUCACGCGCUCCCAUACGUCUAGACUUUGGGGUGAGCGUGAUAGAUGAGAUACGGCUAGAGGAGAAAGUCGUCACUGAGGAAGAGUCGAGCCCUUCUGGGUUUAGCGAUUUGGAGAUGCACACUCAGAUUUUAUUUUUUAAAGAUACCCAAUUCAAGCGUUGUCAUUAUAUUCGAUUCUGUUUUGAGCAUCGAGAUAACCUUGGAGGCUGGGUAUGUUGAUGUUUUGCAGCGGCAC